CCGACCGCCAUUACAAUAGCCAAAGGAAUGUAAGCGACUUAAAGAAGAUCAGUCCACCUCCCAUAGCGUAGGUGGUGUUGCAGUAGCAUUCCCUGGUCUAAACCACCUAGCGCCGGACAAUAGGCGCCUGCGUUACCAGUUCGUCGUCACAGAACAUCUUUUCGCUUGAUUGGUUAACUCUCUUAAGACUGGUGAGGGCGGUGCCCCUCUCCCCAUUACGCAUGCUUUACCCGCAGUGCAACUUUAUAGAGUGCUAUUAUGGUUCGCUCUGAUGAAGUGAUACAGACUGCCAUGAAGUUACUACUACUUGCAGCAGUGCUGUUGGCAGUGGCGGCCCACGCUAGCCAGGCCAGCAUCAUAAGCGGCAACGAAGAUAUUCUAAUCUAUAAUGAUAAACUGUUAAAUCAAGACAUCGAGGAAAUGAAGGAGCAUAUCCGAAGGAAGAGACAGACAACAACGAUCCAAAGACAAAAUUCUGGUGGACGCCGCUUCCUGCUAAUGUUCAUGGAAAAUCGAGUGGAAUCAAAUACGAAUCCGCCUCAAGACAUUUUCCUCACACCCGCUAGAGAUGCUACCAGUUUAGUUUCCGUCAAUAUCACAAACAUUUUCGACACUUCAUACAACCAAGUUAUAACUUUAGUUCGUAAUCAAGUUGUCUCGAUAACUGUUGGGGCAAACGUUCGCAUGAUGAGCGGGAAUAUUAUAGAAAACAAGGCAAUUCUAAUCGAGUCUACAGAAGACAUCGUUGUUUACGGUGUAAACAGAGAAGCUUUUUCAGUCGACGGUUUCUUAGUCUAUCCGAUCGAAGCCAUUGGAUCGUCGUAUUAUACCGUAAGCUACACCCCAGCCACUACCAGGACAGAAAUCGGCAUUGCUUCUGUGUACGACAAUACCCCUGUUCGCGUCACUCUACCGAACCGGGCUCUGUCUGUACAAUGGGCAGGAACAACUUAUGGCGCAAAUGGAGUCAUUGAAUUCACUCUGAACAGUAUGCAGACCGCUCUCAUUCAGUCAGAUACAGACGGCGAUCUCACAGGAACCAGAGUUGAAGUUACCGUUGCUUUAGUGAACGGCCAAAUGCCUAAGCUCGCAGUAUUUAGUGGGAAUGUCCGCACAGCCGUGAAGCCCGUGACCAACAACCCUUCACGAGAUCAUCUGGUGGAGAUGAUACCGCCCAUAUCCUCGCUCGGAAGACGUUGGUGCUACGUGCCUAUACCAAACAGAACAACUGGAGAUGUCGUUCGUAUAGUUGCAAGCGAGUCUGGUGUUACAGAGCUAACCGUUGUUGAUGACACGGGUUCUAGGUUUUAUUCCAUAGUUGGAGCCGGAAGUUACACUGAGCUAAAUAUUUUUAAGUACUCCUAUCUGUACACAAAUAAGCCCGCCCUUGUAGCCCAGUUUGUAAUCAGUCAACUAACAAGUCAAUCGCCUGAAGAAGCCGAUCCUUCGAUGAUCAUAGUUCCACCAAUUGAGCAGUAUGACAAUGACUAUCAUUUUGCAACCCCAACUGGUGUAGCAAGUGCCUACACUAAUUAUUUCUUACUGGUCAUCCAGAAUGCAUCCAGAAGCGGAGUCUUGCUUGAUGGUCAACCUGUUGCUAAUGUUCAGUGGACCGACAUCCCUGGCACCAUAUAUGUAGGAGGAUAUUUCACUGUUUCUGAUGGAGCCCACAAUAUUAGCCACCCUGUUGCUGGUAUUGACUUCAUGGGUAUCCUUUACGGCGCAGGUGAUCGUGAGAGUUAUGGUUUACCUAUUGGAAUGAGACUUGAAGAGAUAAAUGUUAUUCCUACAAGCCCCCCAGGUCCUCCAGGGCCAACAGGGCCAACUGGACCUGCCGGCCCAAAGGGUUCUCCAGGGGUAACUGGUCCUACUGGUCCAGUUGGGCCCACUGGUGCCAUAGGCCCAAAAGGAGAUGUUGGUCCUCAAGGUCCACAAGGCAUCACGGGCAACACCGGUCCCCUGGGGCCCACAGGACCAAAUGGCCCCAUGGGUCCACAGGGUGAUCCUGGAUUCAAUGGAGCUAAAGGUGACCAAGGUGCACAGGGUCCAACAGGUCUACAGGGUGUAGCUGGCCCUCAAGGGGAUACGGGUCCAACAGGACCACAAGGUAUCCAAGGGGUCCAAGGACCAACUGGUGCUGCUGGACAAAAGGGAGAGGUGGGUGCACAGGGACCAACUGGCUCUGAAGGACCACAAGGUGUACAAGGUCAGUCAGGUAUCACAGGAGCGACAGGACCUCAGGGGUUACCAGGUGCCCCAGGCUCAUCAGGACCAACAGGGCCCCAGGGUUCUACUGGGGCUGUUGGAGCCACGGGCGCUAUUGGUCCAACAGGACCUGCGGGUGCUAAGGGCGAACAAGGAAAUAUAGGUCAAAAGGGAGCCCUUGGUAGCACAGGUCCAACAGGUCCAGUGGGAGCUACAGGGAUCCAGGGAAAUGUAGGUCCAAGUGGGCCUACUGGCGCACAAGGUGUAAUUGGUCCACCUGGUCCAACCGGCAGUAGAGGAGAAACAGGUACCACAGGUCUUCAAGGCCCAAUAGGUCCACAAGGUCCCACAGGAUCCAAAGGUGACCAAGGAGUAACAGGCGCUGUUGGAGCAACAGGAGCUACAGGACAAAAGGGAGAACAAGGAAAUGUUGGUCCAUCAGGGCCACAGGGUCCAACUGGUCAAGCUGGUGCUGUAGGGCAAACAGGAGUAAAAGGUAAUGUUGGCGCAACAGGUGCAGUGGGACCAAAUGGAGCAACUGGACAAAAGGGCAGUCAAGGUAACACUGGACCACAAGGUAAUGUUGGCGCAACUGGAUCUCAGGGCGCAUCAGGGCCGACGGGAGCGACUGGCCCUACAGGUGCCCAAGGAGCAGUUGGCCCCACUGGAGCAACUGGUGUAGCAGGUGCAACAGGAACCAAAGGAUCAAAAGGAGAAGUGGGAGCAACUGGCACACAGGGCGUGGCGGGACUAACUGGUCAGAAAGGUGAAAUUGGUAAUAAAGGUGAUAAAGGGAAUGUUGGCGCCAUUGGCCCAACUGGUCCACAAGGUGCCAUUGGUGUGUCAGGCGUCCAAGGACCAACUGGCAGUAAGGGCGAUAUAGGAGCUAGUGGACCGACUGGAGCAAUAGGCCAAAAGGGAGCAUUGGGUGAGAAAGGGAAUGUUGGUCAGAAAGGCGACCAGGGAGCCAUUGGUCCCACUGGAGCUACAGGAAACACUGGUCCACAGGGUACACAAGGUGUGAGCGGUCCAACUGGUGCAACAGGAAGCAAAGGUGAAGUAGGGGCAAAAGGAGUACAGGGUAAUUCUGGGGCAAAUGGACCAACUGGAGCCACCGGUGCAGUAGGAGCCACAGGGCAAAAAGGACAACAGGGAGUGUCUGGAGCUGUUGGGCCCGAGGGUGCUACUGGAGCUACUGGACUUAAAGGAAAUGUAGGAGCUACGGGAGCCCAAGGUUUCACAGGCGCAGUAGGCCCUACUGGUGCAACGGGAGCAAAGGGAGCCAUAGGAGACCAGGGCCCAGUGGGAGCGACUGGUGCCGUUGGGCCUCAGGGCAAUACUGGACCUGUUGGAGCUAAGGGACAAAAAGGUACUGUGGGACAGAAAGGAGAGCAGGGCAUCCAAGGUGUGUCUGGUGUCUCAGGUCAACAAGGGGCAGUUGGUGCAACGGGAGCACAAGGAAGCUCUGGCCCGACUGGAGCCACUGGGAUAACGGGUGCAAAGGGAAACGUUGGUGCUGUGGGACCAACUGGGGCUCAAGGGCUUGCUGGUGCAAGCGGACCUACCGGAGCAAAGGGAAAUGUGGGUGCAACGGGUGCAGUGGGUGCAACGGGAGUAGCAGGAGCAUCUGGACCGACUGGGGCGACUGGUCAAAAAGGUGAUCAAGGCAACGUAGGUCCAACUGGUGCAACUGGAGCCCAAGGAGCCACUGGUCAGAAAGGUGCUCAGGGUAACCAGGGGGUUUCCGGUGCACAAGGUCCACAAGGUGUUACUGGUGCGACUGGUCCACAGGGUGCCCAAGGUCUCACGGGAGCAAUAGGUCCACAAGGAUCAACAGGUCCUCAAGGACCAACAGGUGUAACUGGAUUACAGGGUGCGUCUGGAGUGACUGGAGCAACUGGGCCAACUGGACAAAAAGGCACAAAAGGAGCCCAAGGUGUAUCAGGUGUAGCAGGUCCAACCGGCGCAACUGGACAAAAGGGCUCUGUAGGUGCUGUAGGUCCAACAGGGGCACAAGGAAUCCAAGGGGUCAGCGGUGCUAAUGGACCGACAGGAGCUACAGGCCCAACAGGUCAGAAGGGUGAACAAGGAAUACAAGGAAACUCUGGUGCUGUAGGACCAACUGGUAGCACAGGUCCACAGGGUAACGUUGGUCCAACUGGAGCUACCGGUGCAACUGGCGCUCAGGGUCAAUCAGGUUUACAGGGUCCUACUGGUAACACAGGGGCUACUGGGCCAACAGGAGCCAUUGGUGCCACAGGGAGCAAAGGGCAAAAAGGAGUGCAAGGAGCAUCUGGAAUAGCUGGACCUACGGGUGCAGUUGGCUCUAAAGGACAGAAGGGAGAUGUCGGGGCUGUUGGAGCUAAAGGAGCACAGGGUAUACAAGGUGUAAGUGGCAAUAUUGGUCCCACAGGGGCAACUGGUCCUCAAGGACAGAAAGGUGAAGUUGGAAACCAGGGAGCAUCGGGUGCAGUUGGAGCAAAAGGUCAGAAAGGAGCGUUGGGAGCGACCGGAGCUGUUGGUGCCACUGGAGCUACUGGUCCACAGGGCCAGACAGGAGAUAAAGGAGCCCAGGGAGUUUCUGGAGUUCGAGGUUUAACUGGUCCUACCGGCGCCACUGGUGCAACUGGUGUCCAAGGCCAAUCCGGAGCAGCUGGGCCCACAGGAAGCACAGGAGCUACGGGACCAGUUGGAGCUACUGGCCCCAAAGGUGAAGUUGGGCAGAAAGGAUCACAAGGAAUACAGGGUAUCAGUGGAGCAAAUGGGCCAACUGGAGCUACUGGGCCUCAAGGUCAAAAAGGUCAGAAAGGUAUACAAGGGGUAUCUGGUAUUGCAGGACCAACAGGAGCUACUGGUCCUCAAGGCCAGAAGGGGGAGCAGGGUAUACAGGGUGUUUCAGGAGCAAAUGGACCCACUGGAGCCACAGGUCCGCAAGGCCAGAAAGGUCAACAAGGUAUACAGGGAGUAUCUGGAUUGGCAGGCCCAACAGGUGCAACGGGACCUCAAGGUCAGAAAGGCCAAAAGGGUAUACAGGGUGUAUCUGGAAUAGCAGGACCAACCGGAGCAACUGGUCCUCAAGGUCAGAAGGGUCAGCAAGGUGCUCAAGGUACUUCUGGGGCAGUUGGAGCGAAAGGUCAGAAGGGACAACAGGGUGCAUUUGGACCCCAAGGCCAGACAGGAGCAACAGGCCCUGCGGGACUGCAAGGCGUGUCCGGUGCUGCAGGACCAACUGGAUCAACAGGUCCAACUGGGAGCCAGGGCCCUGUUGGGGCAACUGGCCCACAAGGUGUUCAAGGUCAGAAGGGCCAGAAAGGAGUGCAAGGUGUAUCUGGAAUAGCUGGACCUACCGGAGCUCAGGGCCCACAAGGUUUUACUGGCCAGAAGGGUACAAAGGGUGACACUGGUGCAACUGGUGCUCAGGGUACAUCCGGUAGUAUUGGUCCCACAGGAGCAACAGGCCCAGCUGGUGCAAGAGGUGAAACAGGAGUUAAAGGCGAAAAAGGAUCGGUUGGUGCAAGUGGGCCCCAGGGUGUGACAGGAGCAACCGGAAUUACUGGAACGAAGGGCCAAAAGGGUCAGCAAGGUGUGUCAGGCCAGAUCGGUCUUCAGGGUUCAAAGGGUACUAAGGGAGAUCAAGGAAUCCAGGGUGUAUCAGGUGCAAGAGGUGCAAAUGGACUUAACGGUGAAAAGGGUCAAAAAGGAACAGUUGGAGCGACAGGGGCAACGGGAGUAAAUGGUGCCCAGGGACCAAAAGGAAAUCAAGGAGACAGUGGCGCAAUUGGACCACAAGGACCUACUGGUGCGAAAGGAGAAGUUGGAGCCCAGGGAAUUCAAGGCAUUAAAGGUGAAAAGGGUAUUCAGGGUAACUCUGGAGCCGUAGGACAAAAGGGGUCAGUGGGUGCAGUUGGACCAACAGGUGCCAAGGGAGAAGUGGGUGCAGUAGGAGCCACAGGCCAAAAAGGUUCAAUUGGUGCAUCUGGUCCAACAGGUGUCCAAGGUCUAAAUGGUCCUACAGGAGCCACUGGUCCAACGGGUGCUCAGGGAGCCUCUGGAGCAAUAGGUCAAAAAGGUGAACAAGGAAUACAAGGUCCUGUGGGUGCUAAAGGAAAUCAAGGAGCCUCUGGAGCAGUUGGCCAGAAGGGAGAACGUGGUUUACAAGGUUUACCUGGUAAUACAGGACAAGUUGGUCCCACAGGACAGCAAGGUCCAUCUGGUGCUGCUGGUGCCAAUGGUUUACAGGGUCCUAAGGGAUCAGUAGGAUCAACAGGUCCAACAGGACAGGUAGGUGCCAAAGGUGCACAGGGCCAAAAAGGUGAGGUUGGUUCAUCCGGCGCCGUAGGACAGAAGGGAGAACAGGGUGUUGUAGGACCUACCGGCGCUCAGGGUCUCCAGGGAAUAAAAGGACAAAAGGGUGUGAAUGGUGUUCUUGGUCCACAAGGCCCAACAGGUCAGAAAGGUCAGCAGGGUGCGUCUGGAAUAGCAGGACCUACUGGUCUCACAGGAGGUAUUGGUCCUGUUGGCCCAACCGGUAGCACUGGCCCCCAAGGAUUACAGGGGGUAGUUGGAACAAAAGGACAAAAAGGCGAUCAGGGUGUUCAAGGACAACAAGGACCAAUGGGUGCGCAAGGUCCCCCCGGUGUCACAGGUUUACAGGGAACUCCAGGUGUGCAGGGUAUUAAGGGAGAGCGAGGAGCCCCUGGAAUGAAUAUGAGUGUGCAACUAAUAACGGAGGCUGCGGAGAUAUCUGCAUCAACACGAUUGGGUCCUACUACUGUAUAUGCAGCGAAGGGUACCAUUUGGCCCGAGCUAAUGUUUCGGUCUACACCAAUAGAGUACCCAGAUCUCAGUGCCCAGCGGACAUGGCGGGGAAAAGGAAAAAGAGACAAACAUCUUCAACACUUCUUGACGCUAUUGGCACUGAUUACAUGGUGAUGUUCACUGAAAAUCGAGUGCAAGACGGCCCAGGUCCCAACCCAUUUUUUGAAUGUUUCAUCACUCCUGGGAGGGACACGAUCACAGUAGCCUCUCUAAACAUAACCUAUUACAAUACUAACGGAGAUUUAGUGAGAUUGCCAAGGUUGGUGCUUGGUGGUCAGGUAUUGAAAGAAACUCUUGAUGAGCCGACCCUGGUACUGAGAGGAAGCGUCAAGGAAAGAAAGGGUGUUAGAAUUCAGUCGAGUGAGGAUGUGGUGGUCUAUUGUCUAAACAAAAAUAGCUUUUCAACAGACGGCUAUUUGGCUCUUCCGAAGGAUGCUCUAGGCAAUAGAUACUAUACUGUCUCUUACUCUCCUCCUAGAUUCCAAACUGAAUUAGGUAUUGCAGCCACAGAAGACAACACUCUUGUAACCGUUACACUCCCUCGUAAGUUCAACGCUAGCGAGCCCGAUUUGCAGGUUACUUACAACGGCCAAACGUAUCGUAACAACGACGUUAUAUCAGAAACUCUCCAAAUGUACGAAGUCCUUCAACUACAAAGCGAUGGGGGCACACCAGGUGAUUUGACCGGUGCACUGGUUGUCGCAAGUAAAACUGUUGCUGUCUUCAGUGGUAAUGUCAGAACCAAUAUCCUCGGUUUGACACCAGGCAACACUCCUUCACGUGACCAUUUAGUAGAACAGAUGAUCCCUGUGACAUCUUGGGGCAGAGACUACGGUACGGUACCCAUUCCAGACCGAACAAUUGGUGACUUCUUCAGGAUCGUUGCCGCCGAGGACAACACGGUGAUUACACGUAUUUCAAGCAACGGCGAGACAAAAACUUACACCAUCCCAUUCGCUGGCGGUUAUACCCAGGAUGAAUUUUCUUCCGGUGUAUACUACCGUGUGUAUGCAAACAAACCAAUCCUCCUCCAACAAAUGGUGAAGAGUCAGACAAGCAGUGCAGAACUUGCUGAUCCAUCCAUGAUCACCGUAGUGUCGGUCGAGCAGUACAGCAACGACUAUCACUUCCUGCUCCCAACAUCAGUAUCAGGAUCCUAUACGCAUCAUUUAAUGAUAAUUAUGAAGUCCCAGUUCACUUCUACACUACGAUUAGACGGAGCCGCUCUGAGUCUAACAUGGAACCCGAUCCCCAAUAAUCCGAACUCCCCACAAAAUGACGGUUUGGUUGGGGCUCACGUCACGGUGUCCGGAGAGAGCCAAAGCCAUGUUAUCAGAAGCACAGACUCUAGUGUUAACUUCAUGGUGAUCAUGUACGGCAAUGGAGACAGGGAUUCGUAUGGUCUACCGAUUGGGAUGAAACUUUUACUUCUGAACCCGCCGGUGCAAUCAGAAAUUUGUAACACUGAUGCUGCUGGUACUUGUUGUACAUGUCACGUUGGAAACAAUGUCUACCUUCCCUACGAGGGCGCUGCGCAGGCCUCUUGUUGUUUAGUGGAAAAUAUCCGUUGUUACUAUCCAUGUUGCGGGCGAAAAUACUGUGACUGUUUGGUGAAUGGCGUCUACAUCCCAUUAAACGAGACCUUCUGUGAAAACACGGAUGAAUGCCAGAUUGAUAACGGACAAUGCGAACACACUUGUACUGAUACAGUAUUUGGCCGCGGACAGAACAACGGUGGAUACAACUGCAGUUGCUUCCCUGGGUAUCAGUUAUCACUGGACUUCCACGAGUGUAUAGAUAUAAACGAGUGCUCAGGAACAUCUCCAUGCCCAGCUGGCAAUACCUGUGUCAAUACUGUGGGAUCGUUUUACUGCGUCGGGUCUAGCGUGGUAGCAGCUGGAAGUAGUGCUCAGAGUGGAAUGCCGGCUGUAGUCUCCGGAAUGUCUGUCAGUACCAUUACAACGGCUCUUACAGGCAUCACAAUAUGGGCGGCCGUCAUUACCAUUGUGGUAGCCAUAGUAAUAGCUGUUGGGUUCCGAAAGUGGCGUAAGGCGCAGUGCAAGUCUGAUACGGAGAGCAUCUCAGACAAGUCUUCAAUUGUGGACAGUCCCUUAAAUUUCCAUGCCUUUAGGCCUAAAGGUGGUAAAGAAAACCCCGCCUUUGCAGAGGACACUGAAGAUGCCGUAGCUCCCACGUCAGACCAGGAAGAGGUCGGCGAAUGGGAUUCUUCUCACGAUCCUGAAGAACUUUCUACGCCGAGAGAGGAGGAUUCUGUUGCCACGAGAUUAUAAUUACACGAUUAUUUUGCCAGAACGAUUGCAGUGAUCUUUUUAAUGUCUAACUGUCAUGUUGUACAAAGAUUCCGUUCUUUUAUUUUAAUUGCUUUUUAUCUAUGUAAUCUUUUCCGCCGUAUACAUUCCAGUUUUCACUUAUAACAAUAUUUAUAUCUAAAAACACGUUUUUAAGCCCUUUCAAGGCUUACCACGCUAGUGGUAUGUAUUUCUCGUGUUGAUUGUUUUUUAGAUGAUCACCAGAACGUGUGUACAUUAUAUAUAUAUAUAUAUAUGUAUUAUAAGAAUGAAUACGUCUCUCGUAGACUUCUUCAAAUGAAAUAUCGAUAUGCAAGUAGUAGAAAUCUCGUCCGAAAUUAUGGACUUUUUUAGGUCACAUGCACACGGUCUAUUUUAUUUUGAGUUUUUCAUUGUACCAAGUACAUAGGAGAGUUUAAUUCAGAAAAGAUGAGAUGGGUACUUGGUUUUAGAUAUGUAUCAUGCUGGUUGUGAAGCAAAACCCUUUAUCACUAACACUACAUUUAAACAACGAAGCAAAUACAAACAAAUGCAAACUUUUAUAUCAGCUUUAAGUAGUUUAUAGUCUAGGUUUUGAAGAGAUAUGCAUAAUAAGCUUAUUAAAAUGUCGAGUAUCAGCAGCAGUACAAGCACAGACAUUUGAAUGGAAGAGAUUACUGACACGGUGUCAUUGGGUAAACAGAGGGUAAUUUUACAUUUCUUCUGUGUAGGACCCACUUGCAUUUUAACAGUAUUCCGUAAAACUAUGCAUUAACUUGUGAAUAAAACCAUUCCAUUUCUUAAAUAAACUUGAA